AUCCUCUAAGACAAAAUUUCCACAAAAAAUGCUGUGUUGUACAAAAUUCACAAUACCAUUUCAAAAAAAUCCAUUUUUUUUUUCAAUUUUUUUCUAUUUGUACACAAACAUGUGUAUGUGUCACAAAAAUCAGUAAACUACAAGGGGGUUGUCUCAAUUAUAAGUUAAAUAAUUAUGAAUUUAUGAGGAUUUACAUGAUUUGAUUGUGACCCUUUUCAAAUCUUUGACUCUUGUUACCCUUAGAUUUGUAUACUGGUAAAGAGAAACAAACAAAUGGUUUUGUUUUCUCAGAUUUACUGUUGAAAAAACAAGUGCCUGUUUUGGUGGACACGAAAAUCAAGGAGAAAGCUUUUAAGGAUAUUUGGUUCAUCUCAACCACCCACUCUUACCCUUUUGUUAAGACCCUUUAAUUUUCUGUUCUUGGUUUUUGUCUUUGUUUUUUUUUUUUUGGUUGAUGAAGCCUAUCAGGAAGACCCAAUUAUUGGUUGCUUUUGUAGAGAAUGGGAUGAGUUAAUCAGGCUUUUAGGUACAAAAUCUUAUCUUGGAUCAGGGCCGUCAAGAGAGCUAGAAGAUCAGAUUUGAGGAGGAUAUAUAUUGUUGUCAACACCUAGUAGUUUAUAUAGAUACCAUGGCUCCCGGAGGCAGUAAUUACCAGGAUAUUGGUGAUUCCCGCAGUGCAUAUGCUGACUAUGGUAUUGCACCAGAAAGUGCUGAAUUCAAAAACUCCCCCUUUAGAAAAGCUGCAGCUGUUGUUGGUGGGAAGAAUGGAGCGGGAUCUAAUUGUGCUGUUCAUGAGCUACUUGAAUGCCCUGUUUGUAUGAAUCCAAUGUAUCCACCAAUUCACCAGUGUCCAAAUGGCCACACAUUAUGCGUGAAGUGCAAGUCAAAAGUACAUGUAUGUCCAAUUUGCCGCCAUGAGCUUGGAAACAUUAGAUGUCUAGCACUGGAAAAAAUUGCUGAGUCACUAGAAUUACCGUGCCGAUACCAAAUUUAUGGCUGUCAAGAUAUAUUCACUUAUCAUACUAGGCUUCGACAUGAGCAGAACUGCAGAUUUCGCCCAUACAAUUGCCCAUAUGCAGGAUCUGAAUGCGCUGUUACUGGUGAUAUUCAGUACCUUGUUGCACACCUAAAAGAUGAUCACAAGGUUGAUAUGCAUGAUGGGUGUACCUUCAAUCAUCGUUAUGUCAAAUCUAAUCCUCAAGAAGUUGAGAAUGCUACAUGGAUGUUGACGGUUUUUAACUGUUUCGGGCACCAGUUUUGCCUGCACUUUGAGGCUUUCAAUCUUGGAUUGGCACCGGUAUACAUGGCAUUCCUGCGUUUUAUGGGUGAUGAUGAUGAUGCGAAAAGAUUUAGUUAUAGUCUUGAAGUAGGUGGAUUUGGCAGAAAGUUAACAUGGCAGGGAGUACCAAGGAGCAUCCGUGAUAGUCAUAAAACUGUCCGAGACAGUUUAGACGGGCUGAUUAUUCAAAGGAGCAUGGCACUUUUCUUCUCUGGUGGUGACAGGAAGGAGCUGAAGCUAAAGGUAGCUGGGCGUAUUUGGCGAGAGCCAUUGUAAACUAGAUAUAUGCAUCUUCCUUCAUUGCGGGGAUGCCCAGAAAGUAUAGUUAGUUAUCGCUAAAUUGGUUGGUGGCUUAAUUUUUUGUAAAUGGUUCUAUACAGUUUCUGGUUUUUCGGAUCGAUCGUAUCGAUUGUAGUUUAGCUCAACUGUGGAUCAUGUAUCUAAAGUUGUGAGGCAUUUUAAGCUUUUUUAUGACCUGCCAUAUGAUAAUCUAUCUGGUUGUUAGUCUCUCUCUGUA